AUGUCUCGAUCACGCCAUGCAAGGCCUUCCAGGUUAGUCAGGAGAGAAGAUUUAAGCAAAAAGAAAAACAACCAACUGAAGAAGACCUCCAAUCCAAGCAACAAAAAUGUGACAUCAGUCAGGAUGGUGAGCCCUGGAAAAUUCAAGCAACUAAUUCAAGAAAGAGAUGUUAAGAAAAAAACAGAACCCAAACCCCACAUGCCUGUCAGAAGCCUUCGGACAAGAGCUGGAGCGGCACGACUGAAUUUGGAAAGGACUGAGGUUCUUUUUCAGAACCCUGAGUCCUUAACUUGCAAUGGAUUUACAAUGGCUCUCAGAAGCACCUCUCUUAGCAGGCGUCUGUCUCAGCCUCCAGUGGUCAUAACCAAACCUAAGAAAGUCCCACCUUGUAAGAGUUUAGAAAAACAACAUGAGUGUGAGCGUAAAGUACUCACUAAUGUGGGAGGAGUGAGACACUCAGAAAAUCAGUCAGACCUAAUGCAAGACCCCCCAGUCCCUCUUGACACUGAAAAUCUAAUUGGUGCACAAAAUUCAUCUUUAAUUAAAGAUGAGAGCCAAAACACAAGCCAGUCUUGGUCCCAAAGGGUUGAAGAUACCAAAAUAAACGUUGCCACUCACAGUGGCCCGGCAGCAGAGAUCCAUUCUAGGUCACUGGAAGAGACACAUGCUGAAGAGCUACUCUCUGGAGAGUCAUUAGAUGAUCUCAAUGCCUACACUAGAAUGUUUACUCAGGACACUCAGUGUGCUCCUUUGUCCCAAAGAUCAAUCUCCACAGUUACCUCUGAAAGAAACCCUUGUGUUCAGUUAGAAGACUUGGGUUCACGAGUAGAAUCUCUUAAGCUCUCUGAUUCUUACUUGGAUCCCAUCAAAAGUGAACAUGCUUGUGAUCCCUCCUCUAGCUUUAAUGCGGUUAUACCGGAAUUGAACCUUAGGAACUGUUUGUCUGUUGGUGGGUCUGUAUAUCCUACCUCUUUAAUAAAACUCCUCAUGGCAGACUCAGAACAAGAGAUGCUUGGUGCUAACACAAAUCAUUCUGAGGCCCUCAAAGCUACCCUAGAUCAGCAGGAAGUUUCUAGUGCUACCCUAGAUGAACAAAAAUUUCCUGAGCCCAGCUCUGUUCUAGGAGAGGCCUUCGACACAAUCCCACAUCAGUGGGAAGUUCCUGGUGCUAACUCAGUUCAUACAGAGGCCCUAGGUGAGACCUCAAACAUACCAGAAGUUCCUGGUGCUAUGCCAGUCCAAGGAGAAGUCUUUGGUGCCAUCCUAGACCAACAGGAGACCCUUGGUGUGAGUGGUGAUGCUGUUCCAGACCUGCCUAUCUUCCUUUCUACUCCUGCAGACUCAGCUGUCAUCUAUCACGUUCCCUCAGAAUGGCCUGUACCCCAGAGUACGGUCUCAUAUGGGCAUGAGACGCAGGAUGCCAUGCAGAUUUUGCCUUUGGGCUUCUCAGGUCAUCCUCCUUAUUCAUCAUCAAACUCCGAGAAAAGUUUGGUACCUCCAGCAAUGACUGUAAGUAAUAAAGAAAAUGAGAAGCAGGCUCAUAUCAACUUUUUGCCAGUUUAUGGUCAGAGAGGACUGUACCAGUCUUCACUAGGUGUUGCCCAACUCUCCCAGCCAGGUCAUAGCAAAUCCAUAGGAAGGAGUUCUCAGACCCACAUGAACAAUACGAUGGGUAUCAACCCCACACUGGUACCCAUGUCACUUGCCAGUACCUCGUCUCCUUCCUACACGACUUUGUUACCUACUUUGGUAAAGAAGAAACGAAAGAGAUGUGGAGUCUGUGAGCCCUGUCAGCAGAAGACCAACUGUGGUGAAUGUACUUACUGUAAGAACAGGAAGAACAGCCAUCAGAUCUGUAAGAAGAGGAAAUGUGAGGAACUGAAAAAGAAGCCGUCCAGCGUCCUUCCUUGGAAGGUCAUAAAGGAAAACAAGAGGCCCCCGAGGGAAAAGAAGCCCAAAGUUUUGAAGGUAGAUAUUGACAACAAACCAGUAAAUGGCCUCACAUCAGGAUCCAUGGAAUACGGCAGAUGUGGUCAUGGGGAAGAACAAAGAUUGGAGUUGAACCCACAUUCCCUUGAAAAUGUAACUAGAAGUAAAGAAAGCAUGACCGGCAUUGAAGUAGAGAAGUGGACACAAAGCAGAAAAUCACACUUCAGCGAUCACGUCAAAGCAGAUUGUAGUGCAAAUGUUACAGAAACUGGAAAAUUGAAAAAUUUAGAAGAUGACAGGAAAAGAGUCCUACUUCCUGACCUCCUUGAACCGCAAAAAUUGUUUGCACAAAGCGUAAGGAACGGAAUAAAAAAUAUACACUAUUUGCCAACUGAAACAAAUGUUUCCUUUAAACCAUUUAAUAUUGAAGAAUUUGGCAAGGCACUUGAAAAUAAUUCCUAUAAAUUCCUGAAAGACACUGCAAACCAUAACAAUGCCAUGAGGUCUAUUGCUACUAGUUCAAGCUGUGGUCGUCUCAAGGGGGGAAGUAAUGUUUUCGUCUUUCAGAAACCUGGCUUUAACUCCAAGUCUAUGUCAGAUUCUACAGACUUGAAUGUAAACAGUUAUAUUGCUACACACAAUGAAAGUCAUCAGCCAACAACCCCUGAUGGCGGAAAUAUUAAAGAACUAAAAGAUGAGUCUCCAAUUCAAUCAAGUGUUCUGUCGGUAAUAAAAGAUAGAAUGUUAACGGCUGAGCAAAUGGUGGCCAUAGAGGCCCUGACUCAACUUUCAGAAGCUCCAUCAGAGAAUUCCUCACCAUCAAAGUCAGAGAAAGAUGUAGAAACAGAGCAGAGAACUGCUAGUCUCCUUCAUAACUGUAAAGCUUUUAUCUACUCUGUAAGAAAAGACUUACAGGACCCAAACUCACAAGGGCAAGCAGAAAUCCUUCAUCACGCUCCACUUUUGGAAAAACAGAGUUCAUGUAACAUGGUGGUAUUCAAUGGUCAAAAUGCCAUUUCCAAAUCACACAAGUGCUCAGUUACUAACCAAGCACCCACUAAGUCACAGGAAUAUUCAAAAGUCACAAACUCAGUAUCUCUUUUUACGCCAAAUUCUAAUUCAUCUAAAAUUGGCAAAAACAAAAAUGUUGCUCAUGGUAGAAUUCCUCUUGAUAGUUACUCUAAGAAUUUGUAUCAGGUCCCACCAAGAAGUAAUAAAUUGGGGUGCUGUAAUCAGUUACUGGACAGAAGUAAGAAGUUAAAGGGAGAUGUGUCUUGUCAUGAUGCAGCUCACAGUCAAAUAGAGGAAGAUGUUGCAACACAGUUAACCCAACUUGCGUCAAUAAUUAAAUUAAAUUAUAUAAAACCAGAGGAUAAAAGAGGUGAAACUAUACCAACAAGCCUUUCUGCACAUAACUCACAACAAAAAUAUAGUCAGGAAAAGACCAUAAUACAACAGAAACCACCUUCAAGUAUACAGAACUAUCAUGGCGCAUCAUUAACAAAACAAAAGAACACAUCCCAGAAAAGGACAAAAUGCACCCAACCUAGAGUUCGACGAAAAAGGAAGCCUGCAGUCAUAAGCUGUGAUGAAAAUGACCAGAAGAAGCAAGAACAUUUAUCACAUGAGUAUAGUAAGUUACAUGCAAUUUGGGUGGCAUCCAAAUUUCAACGAUAUGGUAUAUUUGGACCCCAUAAUUUUCCUAUUCAGUUGGGAAGAAUUCCUCCACUAACCAAAGUAUGUAAGCCAUUGACACAAAAGAGUUCAGCAUUACAACACAAAAAAUUAUUUCCUCCAGUCAAUCAGAUAAAAUUUGAGAGAUAUUAUCCUGAAUUAGCACAAGAAAAAAUGAUAAAGGUUGAACCAUUGGAUUCUUUCUCUUUAUCUCAUUUUAAAACUGAAUCCAGCGGGGAGGCAUUUACAGACAAAGCUUGUAAUUCUCAGGUACAGCCUACAGGGAAUGUCGAUCAGAAAGCUCAACCCUUGCCCCAGCUCUCCUCUUCACCCAUCGAGUGUGCUAACCUGAUGUCUUGCAAUGACCAAACACAGUGUCAGCAGGAUAUUAAAGAGCAACUCAUGGAUCAGAGAGUCCUAACAUUGCCUGAUAGCUCUCAUGAGAGAUCCCUCUCAGACCCAGAACAAAUUCUCAGGAAUGUAAAUGUUGUAUGUUCAGGUGGAAUUACAGUGGUUUCAACCAAAAGUGAAGAACACGUCUAUUCAUCCGGUCUAGGAAAAUUAGGACUUUCUCCUGGUGACAGUAUACAAAAAAAUUUUAACGAUUACGCCAUGAACUUCUUUACUAAACCCACAAAAAACCUGGUCUCUACAACGAAAGAUUCUGAUCUGCCAACCUGCAAUUGUCUCGAUCGAGUUAUACAAAAAGACAAAGGUCCAUAUUAUACACACCUUGGGGCAGGACCAAGUGUUGCUGCUGUCAGGGAAAUCAUGGAGAAUAGGUUUGGUCAAAAAGGAAAUGCAAUAAGGAUAGAAAUAGUAGUAUAUACAGGAAAAGAAGGAAAAAGCUCUCAUGGGUGUCCAAUUGCUAAGUGGGUUUUAAGAAGAAGCAGCGAUGAGGAAAAAGUUCUUUGUCUGGUGCGGCAGCGAACUGGCCACCACUGUGCCACAGCAGUGAUGGUGGUGCUCAUCAUGGUGUGGGAUGGCAUUCCUCUCCCCAUGGCGGACAGACUAUACUCGGAGCUGACAGAGAGUUUAAAGUCAUACAAUGGUCAUCCCACAGACCGGAGAUGCACACUCAAUGAAAAUCGUACUUGUACGUGUCAAGGGACAGACCCAGAGACUUGCGGUGCUUCCUUCUCAUUUGGCUGUUCAUGGAGUAUGUAUUUCAAUGGCUGCAAAUUUGGUAGAAGCCCAAGCCCCAGAAGAUUUAGAAUUGACCCAAGUUCUCCCUUACAUGAAAAAAACCUUGAAGACAAUUUGCAGAAUUUGGCAACACGAUUAGCUCCAAUUUAUAAGCAGUAUGCUCCAAUUGCUUAUCAAAAUCAGGUAGAAUAUGAGCACAUUGCCCGAGAAUGUCGGCUUGGUAGCAAGGAGGGUCGUCCUUUUUCUGGGGUCACUGCUUGUCUGGACUUCUGUGCCCAUCCCCACAGAGACAUUCAUAACAUGAAUAAUGGAAGCACUGUGGUUUGUACUUUAACACGAGAAGAUAACCGCUCAUUGGGUGUUAUUCCUCAAGAUGAGCAGCUUCAUGUGCUACCUCUUUAUAAACUUUCAGACAUAGAUGAGUUUGGCUCAAGGGAAGGACUGGAAGCCAAAAUCCAGUCUGGGGCUAUCGAGGUCCUCACACCUCGCCGCAAAAAAAGAAAAUGUUUUACUCUGCCUGUUCCUCGAUCUGGGAAGAAGAGGGCUGCAAUGAUGACAGAGGUUCUUGCUCAUAAGGUAAGAGCCGUGGACAAGAAACUCGCUCCUCGAAUCAAGCGGAGAAAUAACUCAACAACAAGCAGCAGUAAGACUUCAUCACUGCCGCUUUUAGGGUGUAAAACUGAGACCUUGCAACCUGAAAUAAAAAGUGAAACUGAAACACAUUUUAUCUUCAAAGGUUCAGACAACACAAAAACCUACUCACUGAUCUCAUCCAUUUCUCACCCAGUGAAAGAGGCCAACUUACCUCCAGGCUUCUCUUGGUCCCCUAAGAAUACUUCAGCCACAACAUCAUUUAAGAAUGACACAGCAGUCUCCUACAGGUUUUCAGAGAGAAGUAGCAAUCCCCACUGCACAAUGCCUUCUACCAGACUCGGUGGUGCUAAUGCAGCUGCUGGGGAAAGCACUGGAAUCGUACAGUCUGAUGAAUCGUCUCCUCUUCCUACCCUGUCGACUCCCAUGACAGAUUCCCUGGUUUAUUCUGAGCCUCCCACUGGUCCAACUGAGCAGCUAACACCUAAUCAGUCAAACCAGCAGCCCCCGUCCAUCACAUCUCCUCAUGAACUUGCUCCCUCUGGUGUGGAAGAAGAUGAGCAGCAUUCGGAAGCAGAAGAGCCUCUGUCUGAUGAUCCCCUUUCAGAUGACCCCCUGUUACAUGCUGAGGAGAAAUUGCCCCACAUCGAUGAAUAUUGGUCAGACAGUGAGCACAUCUUCUUGGAUGCCAAUAUUGGUGGGGUGGCUAUAGCGCCGGCCCAUGGCUCUGUUUUGAUUGAGUGUGCCCGGCGAGAGCUUCACGCUACGACUCCUGUUGAGCAUCCAAACCGGAAUCAUCCUACACGUCUCUCCCUUGUCUUCUACCAGCACAAAAACCUGAAUAAGCCACAACACGGUUUUGAACUAAACAAGAUUAAAUUUGAGACUAAAGAGGCUAAAAAUAAGAAAAUUAAAGCUUCAGAGCAGAAAGAUCAGGCAGCUAAUGAAGGUCCUGAAUUGUCUCCUGAAGUUAAUGAAUUGAACCAAAUUCCUUCUCGUAAAGCAUUAACAUUAACCCAUAAUAAUGUUGUCACCGUGUCCCCAUAUGCUCUCACACAUGUCGCUGGGCCCUAUAACCAUUGGGUCUGA